GGCGUCGGGGUGGGUGGGUUCUGCGGCCGCCAUGAGGCGUGCAGAGUGUGACACGUCUCACGGUAACGCGUCCGCCCUUGGAUCCUUCUGGAGAAGCGGGAGUUUCGGCCGCAGUUUUGGCUCUGCCUACGCGCACGUAACCAGAAAACGGGAAGCCACAGGCAGCUCCCGGCGCCGGGGAGCGCAAGUUCCUUUCCCUCCCGCGCCGUCGCCCUCUUCCCAGCCCGGGAAGUGGAGGCAGGGUCGAAGGGCCCGAAUCCCAGGGGAUGGCUGUCCCGAGCGGCAGCGGCCGAGCCCGGCCCGCCGAGGGACCCUCGGCGAGAGGCCGCUCACGCCGGGGCCGUCACGCCGGUCCACUCCGGGCGCUCCUCCGGGAGGGCGGGUCCGGCCGCGCGCGACUGAGACCCGCGGGGCUGGCUAGGCCGCUCUGCUGCGGCGCGGGCGCGGUCUGGCGUGCGCGACCCGACCCGAUGGCAGCCGCGGGUGUCGGAGCUGCUCCCCGGGCUCGCCCUGCGCCUCCUUCCGGGAGGAUCCGCCUAGAAACAGACUCUGGCCGAGUGUUCCUUUUUCCCUGCAUUUUUAUUUAGUGGUCCCCUUCCGUUGGUGCAUUUAUGAUGAUGUUAGAAGACAAGCUCAAGCUUGUCCUCUAAAGAGAAGUGGUCUUUCCAUUCUAAUUUUGGUUUUGUCGUGAGAGCCAUACAAUCUGCGAUUGCAAGUUUGUUACUAUUCUUAGUCACCCAAGGGUAGUUUUACGCGUUUUUAUUCAUAGGAAUAUUUGAACAUAAAUGUGUGUUCAAGUAUACCGAAUCGUUCUUAUAGUCCAUAUUUUUAACGUUUAAUCUAUUCACAAUACCUUUCAAUGGUGUUCAAAGAAUAGCACUGCAGAGAUAUUGUCGGAGAUUUGUGAGCGAACUUGGCCAUUGCUCACAGUGUUUUCAGAAAAAAAGUUCUAUCUCGGCUGGAUAUCUGACUCAUCAUUAGUAAUGGACCUAGAAACUAUAAACUGAACAAAGCUUACAGCGCACAAAAACAUGAACACACGUUGUGGAAAAAGGAUGAAGUUGACCAGUGAGAAGUUGCCCAAGAACCCCUUUUAUGCCUCUGUAUCUCAGUAUGCUGCUAAAAGACAAAAAUUCUUGCAGUGGAAAAAGGAAAAGACUGAUCGUUACACGCAUGCUAGUUUGGUGGAUAAGGCAUUGCAGCUCUUGAAGGAAAGAAUACGAAAAGGGGACCAUCUGGCAUAUUUCCUACGAGGGCAGCUCUAUUUUGAAGAGGGAUGGUAUGAAGAAGCAUUAGAACAGUUUGAAGAAAUCAAGGAGAAAGACCAUCAAGCAACUUACCAGCUAGGAGUGAUGUAUUAUGACGGGCUGGGGACCGCUCUAGACGCUGAGAAAGGGGUGGACUAUAUGAAGAAAAUUAUUGAUUCUCCAUGUCCCAAAGCAAGGCACUUAAAAUUUGCAGCUGCUUACAACCUCGGAAGAGCUUAUUAUGAAGGAAAAGGUGUUAAACGAUCAAAUGAGGAAGCUGAAAGACUGUGGCUUAUUGCAGCAGACAAUGGAAAUCCCAAAGCCAGUGUGAAGGCUCAAGGCAUCCUCGGGCUGUAUUACUCAACCAAGGAGCCCAGAGAGUUAGAAAAGGCAUUUUACUGGCAUUCAGAGGCAUGUGGCAAUGGAAAUCUGGAGUCCCAGGGUGCGCUUGGUCUCAUGUACUUGUACGGACAAGGCAUCCGCCAGGAUACUGAAGCUGCCCUGCAUUGCUUAAGAGAAGCAGCAGAACGGGGAAAUGUCUAUGCUCAAGGGAAUCUCGUGGAGUAUUACUACAAGAUGAAAUUUUUUACAAAGUGUGUUGCAUUUUCCAAAAGGAUUGCUGAUUACGAUGAGGUUCAUGACAUCCCCACGAUCGCCCAGGUCACAGACUGCCUCCCGGAGUUUAUCAGCAGAGGCAUGACGAUGGCAUCCUUCUACCACGCAAGGUGUCUUCAGCUUGGCUUGGGCAUCACCAGGGACGAAGCAACAGCCAAACACUAUUAUUCUAAAGCUUGUCGUCUGAAUCCUGCAUUGGCGGAUGAACUUCACUCUUUACUUAUUCAUCAAAGAAUUUAGACCACAAUGUAUUUCAACAAAGAUCAUCCAUGCUAACACCUUACAAUGUGUGUAUUUUUACAUUAGCUAUGUUUGCUUAUUUUGCACAUUGCUAAUUACACUAUCCUGGGUAUUUUACAGGUGACAUGUUACUUCGUUCUUGAAUUUGUACACUGUUAAGUUUUGCAACUUCCCUAGAUACAGGGUCAAAUUGCUGGAAGAAUCCUCAAAGGUCCACCUCUUAGCCUACAGACUGGACUAGACAAUUUCAAGUAUCAAAACCAUUCUAUAAAGCAACUAUCUUUUUCCUUUCUUAAAUACCGAGUCUCCAAAAAGACUUAGUAUAGCUUUAGUUAAAUGAUACAAACUUAUUUAAAACCAUCAUUUGAAA